AUGGAGACAAACUCAGACAAGGUAGGAGUCAACAGCAGCAUAAGAAACUGAUUGGAUCGGCUCAGAGGUGUCUGCUUGUUUUUAUUCAGUGUUGACAGUACAGCCGAGUGGCCCUGAGAUUUCAGCGCUCAUUAACUGAUGAGCUUUGUCCUCUAACAGAGAAACCCAUCCUAUUUCUUGAGACGAUGCCUAUCAUAUUUCUCCAAAGAAAGAGCAAAACGAAACAUGUCUACAGUUUGGUAUUGUCCUCUGAUCAACAGGCAGCUCACACUUUUCAUUUGGCUUCAGGGCAUCGGUGCCAAAGAGUCUGGGGAUGGGGAGGAUAGGGGUCGGAUGAUGGCAAUUCAAUAUUAUGGUCUCAGCAGAGAGUAGUCUGGUCUCACCCCCCCCCCCCCCCCCCCUCUCUUUCUCUCUCUCUCUCUCUCUCUCUCUCUCUCUCUCUCUCUCUCUCUCUCUCUCUCUCUUAUUAAAAGACAAUGUGAAAAACAGGAGAAGGGCUUGGUCUGACACUAGGCCUCAAAAACAUGUCGGUAACUGAUAACAACCUGCCCAGAUGGUACUGUGUUUUGGAAACCAAACUCGGAACAGAACAGAAGACGAGUGACCUAAACAAGGCAUAUCUGUCUAUGUAGAAAGACACAACGGUAGAUGGGGAGAGCGGAAACAGUGGCCUGGCAUUUGGGCCUGCAAAAACAACACAGGAGAACGUUGGCCCUUCCAAAAGAUAUUGGCGUGCCUGGAUCCAGCUGUGCACGCAUGCAGUGGUUCUGACGGAACUCUGAACAGGAUGAUCUGUAAACACAGAGCUUUGAUCCAUGGAAAGAGUGUGGACUGCAGGGAGGUGUGGUGAUAUUCUGGUGAUGUCACAGGGCAGGAUGUGGAUACUGGAUACUAGACCUCCGGCCAUACUCACUAGUAUGAGUGUUCCUCUUUGGCUCAACCUCAUAUGAGUUGAUUUAUAUUUUCCCUCUUUCUCCAGAUACUGAGAGUAGAUUAUCUAGCACAAGGCUUUAGCCGUUCUUGAUAUCCACUUAGAUUUAGUCGACAGCGGACCUGAAGCAAUGCAUCAUUUUUAUCAAGACAAACGGUGGUGCUUAUCUUUUGUGCAAGUUGCGUCUGGUGAAGUGUAAAAGGUGCCAGCAAUCCAUAACCGCAGACUCUGACAAGACCAAUGAAGUCAACUUUUUAUUUUCUUUUGGUCACACUGCACCUUAUCAUACUGUCAGACACUGUGUGGUUGGGUUAAAGGGGAUAGCUCCCAUUGGAAGUAAAUGAAAGAUAAGUAGACAUAUUUUGACUGGAUAACUAUGAUAAUGUCAAAGGCCCGGCCACAGGGAGGUCCAGUCAACAUUAGACCAGGCUUUCUCUCAGGAACAAAGAGCUUGUUAUAUUCUGUUGCUUUUGCUGAUAAGCCUAUGUUGUUUUUGGCACCAAUUAACUCUGUAUUCCUGAACACAGCUGCUAUGGAGGAAGCUUGUCACUCUCAUUGCUUGUGUUGACUUUGUGAUGACCAUAGUGUGUUCUCACAUUCACGCUGUUCAAAACAGUACUUUCAUUAUAUGAACAUUUGGCAUCUAAUUUUGUUCAAUUAAGUUUAAUCCCUUACUCCUUCCCUUAUUAACAGUUAAUUUUGUUAGUUUUGAACUAAAUGUUACUUAAUUUUUUCUCCCCAGUGACAAAUAAGAAGCCUUCCCAUGUGUCCAUCACCAAGGUGAAGCAGUUCCCAGGCUCAUCGUCCUUCGCCAAGAGGUCAAUGUGGAGCAUUGACCAGCUGAAACAGGUCAACGGCUGUGACCCCAACAGAGUGAGUUUACAGUUCACUGAACUUCUCUCGAGAGGGCUGAGUUUUUCCUGACCACAUGACCUGACCCAUUUCAUUAGGGCAAAUCCCAUAUCAACCCCUAGCGCCUGGGUCAUGCUUGCUCUCUAUUUCUCUUGCUCUGUUUCUGUAUCUCUCUCUAUUUCUCUCGCUCUGUUUCUGUAUCUCUCUCUAUAAGGAUUGUCCAGAGUUUGACUUGGCGUUUGACAAUGCCUUUGACCAGUGGGUGGCUGGCUCGGCCGGCGAGAAGUGCACCUUUAUCCAGAUCCUCCACCACACCUGCCAGCGCUACAGCUCUCAGAGCAAACCCGAAUUUGUCAACUGUCAGUCCAAACUGCUGGGAGGUAAGAGACACAGUGACAAGACACACCAUCUCUCUCUCUCGCUCUUGCUCUCACUAACUGAAUGAAAGUCACGGCCUUUUCAGUUUUUUCGGGCCGCCUAUGUCCAAACUGUAACUUAAAUGACUAAAACCAGAUAUUAAGUAUGUAGAAAAUAUAAUGUGUAGAAUUUCAGGAAAUUUGCUUUAAAACUUUAAUUUUUAGUCUUUCAACUGAAAAGUCCUUUAUUCUGUAUGUAGAGAAUGCUACUUACAUGUUCAGAUUUGAUUUGUUGUAUAAUGAGACUGAGAAAUUAUUCCCAUUUACUUUGAGGAAUUUUCAUUUUAAGGAUUGCCAUUCCUAAAGGCAUCAUUAUCUACCUAAUGAUCUUUAACUGUACUAUGAUACACCACCAUAAUCAUCAUCAUUAAAUACUGUUUUUUAACCCUGAGAUGAUGGAAAAAACAGUCCACUGAGAACUAACCUUUUGUCCCAAGGAAUAUUAACUCACUCCCACACUCUCUAAUAACUAAAAAUAAACACAAGCUUAUAAAAAAUAAAUAACAUAUGUUCACAUACCUACAGUUGAAGUCGGAGGUUUACAUACACUUAGGUUGGAGUCAUUACAACUCGUUUUUCAACCGCUCCACAAAUUUCUUGUUAACAAACUAUAGUUUUGGCAAGUCGGUUAGGACAUCAAGUAAUUUUUCUAACAAUUGUUUACAGACAGAUUAUUUCACUUAUAAUUUACUGUAUCACAAUUCAAGUGGGUCAGAAGUUUACAUACACUAAGUUGACUGUGCCUUUAAACAGCUUGGAAAAUAGAAGCUUCUGAUAGGCUAAUUGACAUCAUUUGAGUCAAUUGGAGGUAUACCUGUAGAUGUAUUUCAAGACCUACCUUCAAACUCAGUGCCUCUUUGCUUGACAUCAUGGGAAAAUCAAAAGAAAUCAGCCAAGACCUCAGAAAACAAAUUGUAGACCUCCACAAGUCUGGUUCAUCCUUGGGAGCAAUUUCCAAAUGCCGGAAUGUACCACGUUCAUCUGUACUAACAAUAGUACGCAAGUAUAAACACCAUGGGACCACGCAGCCAUCAUACUGCUCAGGAAGGAGACGCGUUCUGUCUCCUAGAGAUGAAGGUACUUUGGUGCGAAAAGUGCAAAUCAAUCCCAGAACAACAGCAAAGGACCUUGUGAAGAUGCUGUAGGAAACAGGUACAAAAGUAUCUAUAUCCACAGUAAAACAAGUCCUAUAUCGACAUAACUGGAAAGGCCGCUCAGCAAGGAAGAAGCCACUGCUCCAAAACCUCCAUAAAAAAGCAAAAACUACGGUUUGCAACUGCACAUGGGGACAAAGAUCAUACUUUUUGGAGAAAUGUCCUCUGGUCUGAUGAAACAAAUAUAGAAUUGUUUGGCCAUAAUGACCAUUGUUAUGUUUGGAGGAAAAAGGGGGUGCUUGCAAGCCGAAGAACACCAUCCCAACCGUGAAGCGCGGGGGUGGCAGCAUCAUGCUGUGGGGGUGCUUUGCUGCAGGAGGGACUGGUGCACUUCACAAAAUAGAUGGCAUCAUGAGGAAGGAAAAUUAUGUGGAUAUAUUGAAGCAACAUCUCAAGAAAUCAAGUUAAAGCUUGGUCGCAAAUGGGUCUUCCAAAUGGACAAUGACCCCAAGCAUACUUCCAAAGUUGUGGCAAAAUGGCUUAAGGACAACAAAGUCAAGGUAUUGGAGUUGCCAUCACAAAGCCCUGACCUCAAUCCUAUAGAAAAUGUGUGGGCAGAACUGAAAAAGUGUGUGCAAGCAAGGAGGCCUACAAACCUGACUCAGUUACACUAGCUCUGUUAGGAGGAAUGGGCCAAAAUUCAACCAAUUUAUUGUGGGAAGCUUGUGGAAGGCUACCCGAAACGUUUGACCCAAGUUAAACAAUUUAAAGGCAAUGCUACCAAAUACUAAUUGAGUGUAUGUAAACUUCUGACCCACUGGGAAUGUGAUGAAAUAAAUAAAAGCUUAAAUAAAUAAUUCUCUCUCCUAUUAUUCUGACAUUGUUAUUCUGACAUUGUUAAAACAUUGUUAAAAUAAAGUGGUGAUCCUAACUGACCUAAGACAGGGCAUUUUUACUAGGGUUAAAUGUCAGGAAUUGUGAAAAACAGAGUUUAAAUGUAUUUGGCUAAGGUGUAUGUAAACUUCCGACUUCAACUGUACAUUCACAACACAACCAAUUCCCGUAUGAAUUGGACACCUACGUAAGCCAUAUGUAGUCAUUUCCGGGUUGUAGCAUGUUAGCCUUACAGGGGAGGCAGAAGGUAGCCUACUGGUAGAGAGGGAAGGUUUCCUCUGUGUUCCUGAGCCAGAGAGGGGGUUGUGGGACCUGCACCUGUUCUUAAUCAGCUAUCAAUCUAUUCGUGAGACCUGAGAGGGGAGCUAUAGUAGAGAGAUAUGUGUUUGAUCAAAUGUAAUGAAAUGCGAUUCAAUGGGCAUACUCCAGAAAAGCUAUUUGUAUUAACAUUAAUUAUCAUAGUUACUUUGAGAGGAAUAUUGCACAGACUGAUCAAUUAUUCUUUAUAGACCUAGUACUGUGUGAUCAUUAUUGUAACAAUGUAUUUAAAAAUAGAUAAUUCCGUAUUAGUCAAUAACAAUUGAGUGGAAGACAGUUCCUUUCCAUUCCCAGCUACUCCUGCUGUUAAAGUUCCCUCUACUCCUCAUUGCUAUAUGCCUCUGCCCUGAUCUUUUCCCUCCUACAUCAUAAACCACAGCUUGUAUGUUUUUCUUCCUUAUUUAACUUGUACAAUGUGACCCCUGACAAAUACAGUAGUGUGUUGCUGGCUGGGCUGUAGUUAUAGUGUGGGUAGUGGUUAUUGGGAGGUUAUUGUAUUGUACUCCGGGGGGCUGAAGAAUAGGACGAAAUAUGGGCCACUGAUGUUAUCUCUCAUUCGCUCUGUCAGACACCUCCAGCUAAAUGGUAAUCUGCAUACUGGGUGUAAUGGGAUGUAGCCUAUCAGGGCUGUGCGCCUGGAUGAUAGUGUGGCUGCAAGCAAUGUUGUGUAGUGUCUCACACUUAUGCAACAACACAUAUACGUACUUAAAACACCAACACAAGCAUGCUCAGUAUUGUUUUCAUUAGCUCCAGUAUUUGGCAUCGGCUAUUAGUUUAUUUUUGUGACAACAAGCUCAACCAGUAAUUUACUGAAAAUAUUAGUUUUGCUAUCAAUAUCCAAUCCCCAAAUCUGCUAAUGCUAUCAAUCCAAUAGACUUAGAUUGGAUAUCGACCAUAGAAAGACAUUGACCUGGCAACGCCAUGCCUGUUCAAUCACCUCAAAGCCAACUCUCAGCUCCCAGGAAGCACAAUGAGUAGCGUGACUGCCAACGGAGGUGAAAGCACAGCCCCAGCCAGAGACCUAGUGACAGUUGGAAGAAGAGGAUGCCAGAGUGCUGCCACCACUGUCCCCUCCAGUUUAAGUCUCACACCAGUGCAAAACAAAUAUCAUGACGCUGCUCAGGUGUGGGACAAUAACUGUGUGGGAUGCCUCUCUUCUGACUGACCAGCAUGGGAAAUAGGGAUGAUAAAGCAACUACCUCUGGAGUAUAGGACCCUAUUCAAAAUUCACAUACAGCACUAGAUUAGAUAGUUUGGUAUAGAUAUAGCAUGUACAAUAUUGUAUUGCACUGGACUCUGAUGUAGAAAAAAACUAGAUUUUUCUUUACUGGACUCGUUAACUUCACAGAUAAAAAUAACAUCCUGUUGCCAAUGUAACAAUGAACAAGGUUUGUCCCAUUGAAUCUGACCUGACUGUCACGAAGAACACAUCAAGUCAAUGGUCAGGAACCAUGUUGUUGUUUACACACGAUCUUGUUGGGGUUGACACGAUCACUAUAAUGGUGGUUGUGUUUGUGUGUUGAAGGCUUGUAUAGAUUAGUUGUUGUCAUGACUGAGGUGCCUUCGAAAACACUAAUGAUUCUGGGAUAUUGCCCUUUCUUGCUGAUUUAGAUUUGCCUUUAACACAGAACAGAGCCGCUUACUCUACACUGGAUCACCCUGACAGGCAAUUAUCUAUUCUACACAAGAUCUCCGCUCAAUACUUCGUCUUUGUUAGCUGUGCAAACACAAAGAAAAGGCUUGUCACUUUGCCACCGUUUUAGCGAGGCAGAGUCAUAUGUGUUAGUGAACAUGAUAUUAAUUGGCAGGCCGGUCUCGGGAACGGUUGUUCUUAUGCGUUGCGAGAUUGUAAUGGUUUGACAUGACAGGACAAGGUCGUCAGGCUUACUGUGGAUUCUGUUAGCUUAUGAGGAACCUUGUUCAUCCUUUCUUUAUCUAAGAGGUCUGCUGGUUCACUCUGGCAGAUGUACUUAAUCUGAAGAAAGGUCUGGAAUUAUAAUACAGAGGUGGGCUAUAAGGUGAGGAUGCUUGAAGGCACUCUCCAUUGCUGUACUUCCCCUUGUGGUAACAGGAUGAAUUCCUCACAAUGGAGGUUUAGACAAAAAGGUUGUGCAAUACACACAAUUAGGACACCUGUUCCUAUUCUUUAUUGACUGAAAUGUUAAACUACGGAGUGCACCUUUAAUGCUAUUGCUUAAAUAAUGACAAGCAUACUUUUCUCAUCAUAGACUUCCGUCUUGGUCACGUCUUUGGUUGUCGCCUCACUAGUUACAGUUGAAGUCGGAAGUUUACAUACAGUGGGGAAAAAAAGUAUUUAGUCAGCCACCAAUUGUGCAUGUUCUCCCACUUAAAAAGAUGAGAGAGGCCUGUAAUUUUCAUCAUUGGUACACGUCAACUAUGACAGACAAAUUGAGAUUUUUUUCCCCAGAAAAUCACAUUGUAGGAUUUUUUAUGAAUUUAUUUGCAAAUUAUGGUGGAAAAUAAGUAUUUGGUCAAUAACAAAAGUUUCUCAAUACUUUGUUAUAUACCCUUUGUUGGCAAUGACACAGGUCAAACGUUUUCUGUAAGUCUUCACAAGGUUUUCACACACUGUUGCUGGUAUUUUGGCCCAUUCCUCCAUGCAGAUCUCCUCUAGAGCAGUGAUGUUUUGGGGCUGUCGCUGGGCAACACAGACUUUCAACUCCCUCCAAAGAUUUUCUAUGGGGUUGAGAUCUGGAGACUGGCUAGGCCACUCCAGGACCUUGAAAUGCUUCUUACGAAGCCACUCCUUCGUUGCCCGGGCGGUGUGUUUGGGAUCAUUGUCAUGCUGAAAGACCCAGCCACGUUUCAUCUUCAAUGCCCUUGCUGAUGGAAGGAGGUUUUCACUCAAAAUCUCACGAUACAUGGCCCCAUUCAUUCUUUCCUUUACACGGAUCGGUCGUCCUGGUCCCUUUGCAGAAAAACAGCCCCAAAGCAUGAUGUUUCCACCCCCAUGCUUCACAGUAGGUAUGGUGUUCUUUGGAUGCAACUCAGCAUUCUUUGUCCUCCAAACACGACGAGUUGAGUUUUUACCAAAAAGUUAUAUUUUGGUUUCAUCUGACCAUAUGACAUUCUCCCAAUCCUCUUCUGGAUCAUUCAAAUGCACUCUAGCAAACUUCAGACGAGCCUGGACAUGUACUGGCUUAAGCAGGGGGACAUGUCUUGCACUGCAGGAUUUGAGUCCCUGGCGGCGUAGUGUGUUACUGAUGGUAGGCUUUGUAACUUUGGUCCCAGCUCUCUGCAGGUCAUUCACUAUGUCCCCCCGUGUGUUUCUGGGAUUUUUGCUCACCGUUCUUGUGAUCAUUUUGACCCCAUGGGGUGAGAUCUUGCGUAGAGCCCCAGAUCGAGGGAGAUUAUCAGUGGUCUUGUAUGUCUUCCAUUUCCUAAUAAUUGCUCCCACAGUUGAUUUCUUCAAACCAAGCUGCUUACCUAUUGCAGAUUCAGUCUUCCCAGCCUGGUGCAGGUCUACAAUUUUGUUUCUGGUGUCCUUUGACGGCUCUUUGGUCUUGGCCAUAGUGGAGUUUGGAGUGUGACUGUUUGAGGUUGUGGACAGGUGUCUUUUAUACUGAUAACAAGUUCAAACAGGUGCCAUUAAUACAGGUAACGAGUGGAGGACAGAGGAGCCUCUUAAAGAAAAAGUUACAGGUCUGUGAGAGCCAGAAUUCUUGCUUGUUUGUAGGUGACCAAAUACUUAUUUUCCACCAUAAUUUGCAAAUAAAUUCAUAAAAAUUCCUACAAUGUGAUUUUCUGGAUUUUUUUCCCUCAUUUUGUCUGUCAUAGUUGACGUGUACCUAUGAUGAAAAUUACAGGCCUCUCAUCUUUUUAAGUGGGUGAACUUGCACAAUUGGUGGCUGACUAAAUACUUGUUUUCCCCACUGUACACCUUAGCCAAAUACAUUUAAACUCAGUUUUUCACAAUUCCUGACAUUUAAUCCUAGUAAUAAUUCCCUGUUUUAGGUCAGUUAGGAUCACCACUUUAUUUUAAGAGUGUGAAAUGUCAGAAUAAUAGUAGAGAGAAUUAUUUAUUUCAGCUUUUAUUUCUUUCAUCACAUUCCCAGUGGGUCAGAAGUUUACAUACACUCAAUUAGUAUUUGGUAGCAUUGCCUUUAAAUUGUUUAACUUGGGUCAAACGUUUUGGGUAGCCUUCCACAAGCUUCCCACAAUAAGUUGGUUGAAUUUUGGCCCAUUCCUCCUAACAGACCUAGUGUAACUGAGUCAGGUUUGUAGGCCUCCUUACUUGCACACGCUUUUUCAGUUCUGCCCACACAUUUUCUAUAGGAUUGAGGUCAGUGCUUUGUGAUGGCAACUCCAAUACCUUGACUUUGUUGUCCUUAAGCCAUUUUGCCACAACUUUGGAAGUGUGCUUGGGGUCAUUGUCCAUUUGGAAGACCCAUUUGCGACCAAGCUUUAACUUCCUGACUGAUGUCUUGAGAUGAUGCUUCAAUAUAUCCACAUAAUUUUCCUUCCUCAUGAUGCCAUCUAUUUUGUGAAGUGCACCAGUCCCUCCUGUAGCAAAGCACCCCCACAGCAUGAUGCUGCCACCCCCGUGCUUCACGGUUGGGAUGGUGUUCUUCGGCUUGCAAGCACCCCCUUUUUCCUCCAAACAUAACAAUGGUCAUUAUGGCCAAACAGUUCUAUUUUUGUUUCAUCAGACCAGAGGACAUUUCUCCAAAAAGUAUGAUCUUUGUCCCCAUGUGCAGUUGCAAACAGUAGUUUUGGCUUUUUUUAUGGCGGUUUUGGAGCAGUGGCUUCUUCCUUGCUGAGCGGCCUUUCAGGUUAUGUCGAUAUAGGACUCGUUUUACUGUGGAAAUAUAUACUUUUGUACCUGCUUCCUCCAGCAUCUUCACAAGGUCCUUUGCUGUUGUUCUGGGAUUGAUUUGCACUUUUCGCACCAAAGUACGUUAAUCUCUAGGAGACAGAACGCGUCUCCUUCCUGAGCGGUAUGACGGCUGUGUGGUCCCAUGGUGUUUAUACUUGCGUACUAUUGUUUGUACAGAUGAACGUGGUACCUUCAGGCGUUUGGAAAUUGCUCACAAGGAUGAACCAGACUUGUGGAGGUCUACAAUUUUUUUUCUGAGGUCUUGGCUGAUUUCUUUUGAUUGUCCCAUGAUGUCAAGCAAAGAGGCACUGAGUUUGAAGGUAGGCCUUGAAAUACAUCCACAGGUACACCUCCAAUUGACUCAAAUGAUGUCAAUUAGCCUAUCAGAAGCUUCUAAAGCCAUGAUAUCAUUUUCUGGAAUUUUCCAAGCUGUUUAAAGGCACAGUCAACUUAGUGUAUGUAAACUUCUGACCCACUGGAAUUGUGAUACAGUGAAUUAUAAGUGAAAUAAUCUGUCUGUAAACAAUUGUUGGAAAAAUUACUUGUGUCAUGCACAAAGUAGAUGUCCUAAUUGACUUGCCAAAACUAUAGUUUGUUAACAAGAAAUUUGUGGAGUGGUUGAAAAACUAGUUUUAAUGACUCCAACCUAAGUGUAUGUGUAGGUGAUGCACGAAAAGCCUCCCUCAUCCAGAGACCACUGUAAAGUCCCUUUAGAGCCGUGUGGAGGAGAUGUGCAGCCAGGCACUUGAUGGCCGGUGUAAUGGGGCCUGAAUUAAAGCAGCAUUGCUGGACUAAUUUUGUUAUAGCCCUGUUAUCAGGCUAGACUGAGCUGCAGCACGCACUCUUCCCCACAGACUCUCCUGGGCCUCUGCUUAAGUGGCAAAGCGUGUCUUAGAAUAGUGAGAGGGUCUUCAAAAUAUUGUCUGCUUCUUUGAUCACUUUUUGAAUUCUAGGAUGCUAAAUGCUAAUCUACUCUCCUUUUAUUGCUAUUGAAUCAUUUUGGAAACUACCAUGCAAAUGCUUACUGUCAGGAGGGCACUUCAAGCAGACAUCUUUACACCAUUGUAAACUGUUGUGAGAUUUCUUAUGGGAAACAGUUCUGAUAGAUUUUGCAUUCAAAUAAAACUCAAGUGAAAACAUGUUAGAAUAUUGGCUACCUUUCAUCAAGUUAAUAACAAAUAAUGCUUAAUUUCUAUUUAAACGGUCCCAUAACUUCCCUAAUCUAUUCCGGUUACCCCAAAUAAAAAUAUUUUAUUUAUUUCCUACUUCAAUGUUUGAUCGAAACCCUGUUAAAAACGUAAUACAGUAAGUCUAUUACAUUAUUUAACCAAAGUUAACUAAAAUGACCAUAUUAGAACAAACUGUACUGUGUUUUAACAAGUAAUAAUUAUUAUCCAACAUCUAGUCAUUUCUUAGGUCUAACAGAUCAAAUAUUAAAAACAAACCAAAAUUAAGACAUUCCUUUUCCAUUUUCUUGUCACAGACGAUGAAACUGUAGAUUCAGUCGUUUUCCGUUGCAAGGUCUUUUUGAACAGAAUGAGGAAAGAAGUUGUUUUAAACAGUCGACGCCAAGGUCGACGGCUACUCUUAGAAGGUAAGCAGGAAAAAAAUCGUACAUUCAACAAAAAUAAUUAAUAAUUUUACUAACAAGGCAGUUAAGCCCCUCAAUCUUCGAUCUUCAAUUAAUGAUAUAACAACAUUUUAUGGCUUACAGAAUGUACAAUAUGUGUUCUAGAAUAUCUGUAUGCACACAGAGUAUACGACUUCCAAGUGUGAUACUGUCAUUUUGAGGGACGGGUGUACAGAAAGGGCUCCCCUUUUAGAUGCACAGCUUAUGUGAGUUAUGUAAAUCGACAAUCACCUCACUGACAACCUGUCAGAUUAAGCAAGCUAAUUCACUCUGAGGAACCAUGUCGUCAACUCAAGUCUUACCUUCUCUCCACCUCAAGCACAAGGACAUUACAAUGACAAAAUUACCAUUACCUACUAUAGUCACCUCAAUACCAAUUCAUCCUCAAACUCUUCUUGAACUAAUAUAAACGAGGCAAUUAUGAACAGGGUAAUGGUUUUUCAGUAUAGUAUGCAACCCUGACGUUUAUCUCUUUUUAACAUUUCAUGAGGGUACAGUACUUGAAUACCUAGUAGCAAUUUGCUCCAUUAGACAGACAGACAGACAGACAGUGUCUCCUUGGUUCAGGGACAGAAUGUUCCAGGUUUGUUUCCAUUAGCAUCCCCACUCCCUGCCUGCUGCAACCUAUUAGCAGAGCAGUGACAAAAUGAAAGGAAAACUCUACUGUAACCUAGCUGAAAAUGUCAGAAGAAUCUUCCCCUUUCUCCUAAUUACUCUGACUCCAGGGUCCAAAGAGUAUGUUAGGUCACACCCAUCCUUGACUUCCUAAUGAAAAGAACUAGCUAAAGGCUUCAUUAAAAAAAGUGGAUUAACAUUAUAUUAAUAAGAAAACGGGCAGCUUGGGUUAGAAGUUAAUGUCAAGAUUGCAUGAAUUAGACGGCAGAAAAGUGAAGGGGGGAGUUAGGGAACAUCCAAUGGAUUUGUCUCCUAAUCUGUAGUAUAGAGGAGGGCAUGGUAGGGCGGUUGGUUUCUCCACUGCCAGCUGGGGGUUGUGGUGGGUACAGCAGUAGGUGUGUGUGCCUGUGUGAUGCCAUCCUUUUGGGGAGCUCUGCUUUAGAGGGUGGUGACAUUUGAGUUAAUCUUGUGUUGGUUACGCCAGUCUCUAUUGACUGCUGUGUAUCUUUCUUCUCUCUCCCUUUCUCACUCUAUCUUUUUUGCCUUCUCUUGAGCUCUACAGCUCUCUCAACACUAUCUCUUGAUCACCAUCUCUCUCUUCUCUCCUCCGCUCCCUGUCCCUCUCGCUGUGCACAGCUUGUGCAGCACCAUGUUGAGCUGCAUGAAAUUCUUACUGACAAACUAAGGAUGACAGGGGAGUGAGUUACUGUAGCUACACAAUGCUACAGCUGUUACAUUUUCAAGUAGCUCUGCUUUAAGGGGAACAACAACAAAGGCCUUUUGGUCAUAACUAAUAUGGAAAGCUUUUGUUUAAAUGUGUAAUGUACAGAUUAGUAGGUGGCGUUGCUACUCUACAGGAGAGUCUCUGUACCAUAGAUAUAGAACACAUGGUCUAGCUCUAUGGUCUCUACCCCCUCUCCUACAACACCCACACAGAGACUGCCUCAGGGCAGCAUACUGGCACACAAUUCAUACUGGAUGGUCAUUGACUCUGCUUGAGGUUACAUCUUUAAGAUAGUUGGCCUAUGCAAGGGUGUGUUUGUGCUAGCAAGCAUGUGUGUGCCUCUGAGAAUGUAUACCUGAGUGUAUGCGUGCAUUGGUCUGAGUGUAGAUGUAUUAACUGGGUGAUUUACAGUCAGGUUUUCCCAAACUCUGUCCUGGGACCCACGCUGGGUGCAUGUUUUGGUUUUUGCCCUAGCACUACACAGCUGAUUCAAAUAACCAUUUUAUCAAGCUUUGCUAGGGCAAACACCAAAACGUGCACCCAGGGGGGGCCCAGGAUCGAGUUUGGGAAACCCUGACUGGCAUAACCAAUCAAGCAGGCUUUGAGAGAAAAUGGCGAUUAACAGUCAUCAUCAUGUUCCUGCACAUUAAAUUGGUUCCAUAUUCACAACCACAACAUGACAUUGUGUUGGCCUGACUUCUGGUCACUUGAUUAGAAGUCAAAGGCUCAAGGAAUGGAAUCACCCUGGAAUCGUGUUUUGGAUCACCUUUCCCUCUUCUUCCGGGUUCAUUGUGGGGCAUUUCACUUUUCUUGAACUUUUGUUGCAGAAAAAGGGUUUUGUCUUUUGUUCUGUCCCCUUUUUGUUUUACAGGCACGCCCUGAUUAUAUUGAUAACAUGGGGAUGUAGAAAUGCAUUCUCCCUCCAUUGUUGAAGUAGGAGUUCCCUGGUCAUAGGACACAGCCUCAGGAAGGUCAGAUUCCUUCAGAGGGAUAGUCAGCGAACCAUUUCAGAAAAACUCACCAGCCAAACAGAAAUACGUUAUCGUAACGAAUGUCAACGCUACAUUUCUCCCCCCAAAAAUGUGCCAGCUCUCAACCCUUUUUGUAACACUGAAGUGACAUUUUGCUCUGUGCAGAGAUUACUUUGGUUUCCUGAAAAACCAACCCAGAGGUGCUUGUUAAAAGCAAGACAUCACUCCCCCAUGUUCUUGUAAAGAGAAACCUCAACAGAAUCAGAGGAAAGAGAGUUGAAUCACCAUGUGCUUCCUCACUCCUUCAAAUCCCCCUUACAGAAUGACUGCACCUUAAUCAACUCUACAGAGUGCCUUACAGUCACCAUACAACCUGCCUCCCUGCUAUUCUUUUAAAUUACAUUCACCAUAGGAGGGGACUCAACCAGCAGCUGGCCGGAAUCGCCCAGCCAAGGGAAUGGAGUGAGAGUCAGCAAAGAGAGGGAAGGGUGUUUGUGGAAUGGCGGGAUGAGGGGAGUGUUAGUCUCUGGGCCCUCUCUCAGCGGAGAGAGGGGAUUAAAGGGAUGUGAUGGAGGUGAAGAGGUCUCAUCCCUUAUCUGCUCUCAGGGGAAGGAGAGUGUUGUUGUUUUUUUAAGGGAUGGGAAGGGGGACAUAGGGGGAGACUUGUCACUUGUGCCCCAAUACAAGUCCCUAUUUCAAUACUGUGAGGAAGAUGGAGGCCACAACAAUGCUAGAUAAACACACUUCUCCUUCCCUAGACUGUAAUAAAACCCAGAGCCUAGCCAAAACCUUUCGACUUGGAGAUCUUUUUCUACAAGUCAAAACGUUGCCAUGGCAAAAUGUUUGCACUGCGGUGAUGGCGCGGGGUAUGGCUCGAAAACGUGUAGUGUCGCUGCACUCCUAAUUAUCCCAUUAUACAUGACAAUGUGACGUCUAGCGUUGGGGUGAGUAUCUACCGGAAGUGUUGUGGAAUCCAAUGGGUUGCUUUAGCAUUAGCUAGCCUUGCAUGAAAAAGGCAGUUUAAUUAAGAAGUAGCAGUAUUUCAAUCUUCUCGAUUUUGUCAGUUCAGAUAAUAGGAUAAUUUGAAGUACAGCGACACCUUCCAUCCCUUGAUUGAGGUACGUUUUCGAGCCAUAUCCCGCGCCGUGGCCGCUGUACAAACUUUUUGCCAUGCCAGUGUUUUGACUUGGAGAAGAAGUUAUCCAAGUCGAAAGGUUUUGAUUACCCAGAGCCUUGAGGGAAGGGGAACUCUGCUAUCUAUCUGUUGGUGAUCAAUUUAGUCUGUCUGGGAGAGAAACCUGGGGAAAGCUUCUUCUCUCUCCCUGUAGGUCUGUGUGAGCGGACAUAUUUUACUGUAUCAAGUUAACUUCCUUUGAAGGAAAGCAGAGGAGAGAAGAGGAACACCAGCUGGCAUCCCGUCUGCUUUUGGCUGUCAUCUACCCCGCUGCGCCACAACUCCAAUUAUUUAUCAGUCAGCGUACCUGCAUGGGCGCCACAGGACACACAGCACUGCAUAGUCUACACUCUACAGUAUGGGUUCCCUUUGGGAAGACGUGUUAAAAUGACUGGCUGUGUUCAAUAUCUUUAGUGGCUUCCCUCUCCUGCAGCAGAACCUGGAUGUCCUCUAUCUUCCUAUUCAAUUAUCUCAAAGCAGAAGUGGAAGCAAUAUUGUCUUAUCUUCCAGUUAUACAGUCCCUUCAGAGAAGUGGGGAGACAGGACAUAUUGUAUGAUUUGUUAUAUUGUCAAAGCCCCUUUAUAGAAUUUGCUCUGUGAUUUGUUUAUGAUUUGGUUUUGAUCGCAUGGGAUAUUUGGAACUGAACUGAAACCCCAAGAGGCCAUCCCAUACUGCACCUAAGGCCAUCUAACACGGAAGGCAUCAUUUACAUUGAGUUCCGCUGUAUUUCCUAUUCCUUCCACAACUAGCCAGUUGAGAGGAGCACAGUGUCUCUUUUUGUCUAUUGUACAGAAAAUUGCAGUACCAGUCCCCAGUUUCGCUGAAUAAUGGCUUGCUUGUUCACAACUUUGGAACAACUGAUCAAAAAACAUCCCCAUUGUCUUCUUUCCCAGACAACCAAAUAACCCAAGCCAGGUCAACAAUAGAAGACACUUAAAAGGAAAAGCAAUGCUCAAAACUAUUCAAAGUGGCGCGCUGCCCUUGGAUAUAUCGCCACAUAAAGCGAUGAUUAUAUAGUACUGGCACUGUGCCAGGGUAAUGGCUCUGAAGUGAACACUUUGGGCAGACGGCGGUCCCCAACUAAAAGCAAGGAUUGUUAGCGUAGUGACUAGUCGACGGCAGGCAGCGCUCCCCAAAGUGUAGAUUAAUAGUUUGCCAGUUUGAAACAUCCGCAGGGUCGGUGCUAUCGGAGGAAGACUGUGUUCUGUUAUUUCCUCUCAUCCACACAGCUGUGCCGCCAGCGCAACGGGUUCAGAGUCAGACACACUCCUCCCCUCUCUGCCAUUAUCACACUUUAGUCUGAGAGGAGGAAAAGAGAAGGAGCUGGCACUAAAGUUUUACUAAAGAAAAUAAUAAUAAUAACCCUAGAGAAACACCUGGAGCUAUUUGGAAUGCUUUUAAGUAGCGAGUAGGUUGUUUCAGUUCAUUUGAGAGAAAUGGCGUGAUAGACAGAUGAGGUCUAAGCUUUGUAAACGAGGAGUGUGACGGGUUCAUUUCAUUGGCUCAUUUUUUACAGGAACCAACCUCUGUAGAAAAACUAAUUAGCUGGCUUCCUAGGACAUCCCUGAUUGGAGUAACCUAUUUUUCACCGGUUCCUUGUCAAUAAUCACAGUCCGGCCAAGGUUGCGUAAUGAGUCAUCAGCAUUAACUUAUAAAGCAGGGGAUUUCUGUAAGACUCAUGUCAGUGCUGCAUUUAGUUAUUUUGUUGAUAGUGAUUCAUACUCUGUUGCAACUGCAGCACCUCACCCUCUUCUCCACCAAGGCACUGUAUAAUUGAUUAUGUUUAUCCCAUCUACUCCCUCUUUCCCCCUCUCAUUUUUAUCUUUGUCUUUUCCUCUCUCUAUCUCCCUUCUCCCCCCUGCUCCCCCUUUCUCUCUCCUCUCCAGGUAACAGUAUACUCCACUCUGCAGCAGACAGUGUGACCAGUGCUGUACAGAAGGCCAGCCAGGCUCUGAACGAGCGAGGGGAGCGGUUAGGCCGGGCGGAGGAGAAAACGGGGGAGAUGAAGAACAGUGCCGAGCAGUUCUCAGUCACCGCACACAAGGUGAGACACACACACAGUCACGUGUCACAUAUCAUAUCACAUCAUUACAAGGGCUAGAGGAGUUUUUCUUCACCACAUGAACUGAACAGAACAAAUGUAGGCCCUACAGUAGGUAUAGGCUAUAACAUUGCUAAAACAUAAUCACACAUUACCGCAUAGUGAUACCAUGUAACCCACAUUUCCCCAUGGUCUUUGACUAACAAUUCAUCCCAUCUAUCAUGAAAAUGUAAACUCAGUAGGUCCCCCUCUCCACAUAGUGCAUUCCUCUAUCUAUUCUAUCCAUCCCAGCUCUUCUCCAUGGGUUUCUCUCAUACUCUCCAUCCAACUGUAUCCCUCACACAAGGAAAACGAAUCGCCCGCUGCUUAACGAUGUCAUUAGCAUAAUAUGGUUUUGCUGCAAAAAUGAGAAGAACAAAAAUGAUAAAAUGAAUCGUUCUCCGCUUCUAGCAUGCACCCACGACUGUGAUCAAUUCCAAUAACUUUUUAAGCAGCUAUAAUUUUUUCGAGCCUGCUUCUGGCAUCUCCUGUAAAAACGGGAUCUCCCCACUUUGGUUGACCCACUGUUCCAUGCACUCUGGACCGGAAUGCCAAUUCAUUAGUUUAUAAAAUGGUUCACAUCGCAUUAAUUAUGAACACACAAAUGAAUAAUACAUUACUGUAAUGCCGAUCUAAUUGAAAGCCAUUUGAAGGGACAUGGUCGGCCCCUCACUGUUAACAGAUGAAGACCCCGUGGUGUGAAAUUAAUCAAGCUCAUAGGAAAACUCUUUAACUCAGAGAAUGGCCAUAUAACUCCCCAUACCAUACAGGCACAGUCAUCCACUUCCCUAUUGGGCCCCAGCUAUUAGACGCUUAAUUGUAUGAGCUAUUUAACUAAUUGGUUGUCUUGCACUUUUUGAAAAGUUAAGACUCACUUAAGCAUGUACAGUAUGUGACUUUGUUAAAAGCUGCAGGCCUAUACGUGGAUAACCACUGUGUGUAAUUUGGUGUUUGCUAGCUACAGUAAAUGCAUUCUGCAAUGUAUUUUCUGCCUGGGGAUAACAUUGAACAAUAUUUACUUAAUGUUUUGAAGGAUUUAUCUUUCCUCCUCUUGAGUCUUGAUGUUAAGUAAGAAUUGGGAACAUUGUAUAUCUGCCAACUAUUGUACAGUAAGAAGGCAGGUUUGUGGUUAGAAUCUUAAACUUUUCCCCCCUGUAAUGCCAUUGAACAAGACACCACAUGUCUCCCUCUUUCUACCUGUGAUCCAGUAUGUUUUGGUUAAAGCUGAGAACAUACGGUAUCUUGUACUAGACUCCUAAACAAGGAAGAAGUUAUGUGUCAAGGUGACCUGGAGCAGGAAACCGCACUGCAGGUUCUGUCAGCCAGUUUCUGCAGUGUCUCCCACCUGCUGAGGCUCUGUGUGACAUCAGUCCCAUAGAAGAACUGUUGUGCUCUCACCAUCCAUUCAGCAGGAACACGACUGUCUGGUCUGUGCUGCAGCUCUGCUGCCCCCACUUGUUAGCUCUGGAGAUUUCACCCACCUCAAUUUUUAACUAUGCGUGCGUCUUUGUGUGUGUGUGUGAGUUAGAUUGGUGGCCCUGGCCUUUUCUCUAAUGAACCUCCAGCCAGGCCUGUUAGAACCCUUGUUAAUGAGCCAGGGUGAUGAAAAUACCAGGGCCUGGACCGCUUACCAAGCCUGAGGAAUAACACCACCCUAAUAGCUAUUAUUCCUCUCUGCCUAGAGAAUAGACCCUGCUUCUCCCUGUUCUAUUACUCGCCAUGCCAACCAUGUUGGCUUCCACCAGGUGGGAAAACAAAGCAGCAUCAAUUAAGUUAUUUGACUUUGUUGGUGGUUUUUAAUGUGCUAGCUAACUUAAGAAUUGACUGGUGUUUUUGCAGUGUUCACGGAUUAAUACAUUUUGAAUCUCAUUGUGUUUUGAUACUUCUUUAGACUGAUUUUUGAAUUAUUUGUGUCAACCCCAAGACAUCUAUCCAGAGGGGCUGUUGAAGAAGAAUAGCUUUCUUGUUUGAAUUAGUCACUGUAUAAUGUUUAUAUAUCCCCACAGCUUACUAUGGUUGACAUGUAGCCUACUUUUUGUCCCCUCUCUCUCUCCCUCCCCUCUCCACAGCUGGCCAUGAAGCACAAGUGUUAA